CCGUCAGAGAAAAAGACAGAGAAGAACAACGUGUAACGUUAGUUUGCAUAAACAGCUAGCGUAGUUGUGUGUUUUUGCCUGUACAGAUUUAGCAGCCCACCAAGACAAAUUCAUCAGAGAACAUUUCUUACCUGCGAACACACCAAACCCCACUUUAGCUUUAGUACUCUGAAGGUUCAUCUCAUCUGGUACAGUAAUACUGUAUAACCACUGGCAGUCCUGUGACCCAAGAAAAUUAUGUGCUGCAGCUGAAGAUGGGUGGCAGUGGCUCCAAAUCCAAAGGAUUUUGGCCUUUUUCUGGCUCGGGUAGUACGGACGAGCCAACCAAAGAAGGAAACGAGCAUUCACUGGCGAGAGUUCGAAGUUUCCAAGGUGCAACACCUUUUGUGUUGACUAGACGAAGCUCCAUGUUCUUUGAUGAAGAUGGCGACUUGGCCCAUGAGUUCUAUGAAGAGACAAUUGUGACAAAAAAUGGACGUAAAAAAGCCAAGCUGAAGAGGAUUCACAAAAAUCUUACACCUCAGGGAAUUAUAAAGCUGGACCACCCUUGCAUCCAUGUAGACUUCCCAGUUGUCCUCUGUGAAGCUUGAUGUUGUCCAAGGAGCGUCUAAGACUAGCCACUCCAUCAACUCCGUCCUGUGGUUUCUCCUACAACUGGAAGCCUGAACCACCUUUUAAAAUAACAUGAUCUCCUGAUAUAUUUGAUGCCCUUAAUGUGGACAGGCUGAUGCAAUGUGUGCUGAGCCUCUGCAUGUGAUCUGUUUUUGGCUUGUGUGCAGUUAGACACAGAAAAAGUCACCAGUGGGGAUCUAGAAGGGGGCCAAGUUGGCAAAAAACAAAACAAAUCCUACUCAGUUUACAGAUCACAGUUUGUGUGCAUGUCAUGUGUGAAUGUGUGUGCAGACACAGGACGAAAUGUCCUGAAUUAAUUGCUGCAGAUUGUUUCCCGGAUUGAUACAUUGAACUUGAGGAGUUGAAGGAAAAUGUAACCCUCUGUCACGGUCAUAAGUAGUGCGGGAAAGUAUAAGUGCACACUUCAGUUUUUUGACAGCAUCAUGGUUUGCUUUAUUAUGCAUGUAACAGGAUCUGCUUAUCGGUAAUAGUGUAGGGAGGAGUUGACAAUCAGAGGCCCACAAAAAGUGGAUUAAUGUCAUAUUAUAAUGUUGGAUGGACUGGCUUCAAUGACCUCAGAGCCACACAUGUACACAGCAGCAGAGAGUCUAGUAAGAGAUCCUGUUGUUUCAUUUGCUGCUUUGGCAUACUAUGUUUCACUUUUAAUUUAUUAUAUUGUUUUUUAAUUACAAUUUGAAAAUGCUAAACUGUGUCAUGGUACUUUUUUAUAUGAAUAUAUCAUAGCUUAAUAGCAUAUUAAUGUGCAUUUACUUCACAAGAUCAAGGGAAACAUCAUUGCCUAUAAAAACUGAAACUGUGAAAAUAUUUUGAAUUUAAGGUUGCAAGUGAAGGUGCUAAAAUAGACACCACGCUGUACCUACCUGAGGGCCACUGAGGUUAUGUUGUGGGGGUAUUUCUUUCUGGGAAGUUUUAGCAACCUGAGAGAAUGUUUCACAUUCUAAAACUGAAAAGUUACACAUGUUGGGUAUUUAAUUGGUUGAUUCCAGUUUUAAAAAAUGUAUUUCUCAAAAUAAGGUCCACUUAUUAGGAGGAGUUUUUUUUUUUGUCCAAUGGUUGCAUUCUCCCACAUUGUAUACUGUAUGACUGUCUGUAAUGACGUGACCCGAAGAACUAUUCUUAGGUGUAGGAAGUUAGACCUGCUUGGUGAAAUGUCUAACUCUAAAAGGACUUGGGAGUCAUGAACUGUAUUAUUUCUAAAAACCUGAUAGACACCGUAUUUUCCUGAGUGAAGUACAAAUGGAAAGAUUUAAUUAAGUCAUGUUAUUUAGGGAUUUAAAGAAUUUUAAGUUCCUGAAGAGAAAUAUAUAGAAGACAUUUCCAAAGUUUUAAGACUUCUCUGGACAAUUUUUUCUGAUAAAAUAUUUUUUCCCAUAGUCUGUGUAAUGCUACCUCCAUCUGGAGCUUUGUUAAUGGGACAGCUAGUAAUUUGCAAUCCAAACUGAAAAACUAAGAUUAAGUUCAUAGGAAGUUACAGGAGGAAAUCUCUUUUUGUUCUCUUGCCAGUCUUUAUAUAAUAUAAUUAAAGAUAAUUGUCCAAUAAUCUUUUCUAACGAUAGAGAAUUCAUGUUUUUGUCAAAGGUUGUAAACACUAGAUGAACUGAUAAGGCCUGUUUACCCAUGUAGUAGAAAUAAUCCUACUGACCUCCACCUGUGAUGAAAUUAGCCACCUGCAGAGGAAAUUGCAAAGGCAAACCGUUGUUGGGGAGUGAAGUGAAGUGUGUGUGUGUGGGGGGGGGGUUUACUAAUGAGUGAUGGAUGAAGUUCAGAGAGAACUGAAGGCCAUUAAUGCCAUCUCCAUGGGAAAGGGGUUUCUGCAAAGCUGUCUGUCAUAUUGUUCUCCUUAGAGGAUAAAGAGGCCUGUGCCAAAGUGUACUCCACUUUAUUGCUUCCAUGAAAUGAUUUUACUCUACACACGUCUCUGUGCUUUUUUUUUUUUUUUUUUACCUCCGGGCAAGUACCUUUUUCAGCUGAGUCUGGGGGAGAUGUGGAAGUACAAUAACUUUCUAUUGUUUACUUUCACAAAGCUGUAAUAAUAUGCAAGGCCAUGAGGUGAAUUGCAGUAUCGGAGUUAAAAGAAAAUAUUUGACUCUGCAAAACCAACAACUCUCUGGCUUUGCUGACCAACAAAGGCUGUUUUAUAUGUACAGUAUGUACACUGUCUUCAGGAGACAAAUCUAUUGUGUGGUCUGAGUGUGUAUUUGAAAAGGGGAAUAAUGGUUUGGUGCAAUGAGGUAAACUGUGUGAAAAUACAGAUGUUAUCAAUUAAAGCA